AUGAGAAGCGCGAAUAACACAUUUCAACUUUUUGAUAAAAUUAAAAAGGUUUCAGAAAGAGCCACUCAGAUUGGAACAAUUGAAAAGAUUGAAUCAACACCUAUAUUUAUGAAUGAAAAUGGUAUAAAUUUUAUGGUUAGUGUUGCAAAAUCACUUUUAAAAAGACCAUUUAAUUUUCCCAAACCAGAUGGUAAUAUAAAUUGUAAUAGUAGUAAUAUAGAAGAAACCAAAAUCAUAAAUAACAAUGAAAAUAAUAAUAAUAAUAAUAAUAAUAAUAAUAAUAAUAAUAAUAAUAAUAAUAAUAAUAAUAAUAAUAAUAAUAGUAAUAAUAAUACAAUUAUAACAGAAGUACCAAUAAAAAAGAAAUUUGUAGACCCCUUUUUACCAUGUGAUAAAGAUUUAUUCGUACAACAAUUGUUUGAUAGACAUAAUUUAGUGUUAAAUAAAUAUAAUGUUUCAAAUCAUCAUUCAAUUAUUGCAACUAAAAAUUUUGAAAAUCAAGUAAAUCCACUAAAUCAAUUUGAUUUUAAAGCAAUUUGGAAAUGUAUUAAAGAGUGUGAUAUGUUAUGUUUUUUUAAUUGUGGACCAAAUAGUGGGGCAAGUCAACCACAUAAACAUGUACAACUUUUAACAACACCAUUCAAUUAUGAUGAACCACAUUUGAAAUGUCCAAUUGAAAGUUUAUUUUUAAAAUAUAAAGACUUACCAAAUGAAUCAAUUUUUCAAAUUGAUGAAUUACCAUUUAAAACUGCUGCAUUAUAUUAUGAUCAAUCAAAAUUAAAAUCUUUUGAACAAUUAGAAUUUAUUGAAAAUGAAAAUGAAAAUGAAAAUGAAAAUGAAAAUAAUAAUAGUAGUAAUAAUAAUUAUCAUCUUUCAAAAUAUUUUGAAUUACAAUAUAAAUCAUUAUUAAAUCAUUUAGAAUUAAAUACUGAUAAUGAUAAUAAUCCUGUAAAUUAUGAUUUAGUUUCAACCGAUAAAGAAUAUAUGUGUAAAUUAAAGAGUUAUAAUUUUAUAAUGACAAAGGAUUGGAUGUUCAUUGUACCUCGUAGUACCUAUCAAUCAAAAGGAAUUUCAAUUAAUAGUGUUGGUUUUACUGGUGCUGUUUUAGUGAGAAAAGAAGAAGAACUUGAAACUUUAAAAUCAAAUGGAAUUAUAAGUAUAUUAAAAGAUGUUUCAACUCCAAAAUAA